AUGCCCUUCUGCAGUUCGUACUGUGUACGUGGCUUGAUGCAGUCUAAACCAGAGAAACAUUUAAAUGAGUCAUUUCAGGCAGUACUGCUCUUAUCUGUUCCAGGAGAGGACCUCUUUCCAGGAAUCAUUGACAUAGAUGGACUUGGAGGAGGCCUUCGUGAGUACAGAGCCAGCCUGCUGGCCAAUCAUGGCUUUGCCACACUGGCCCUGGCUUAUUACCAAUAUGAGGAUUUGUGCCAGGAUGUGACCAAACUCCAUCUGGAAUAUUUUGAAGAGGCAGUGAACUACAUGCUGCAGCACCCACAGGUAAAGGGGCCUGGCAUUGGCCUGCUUGGUUUCUCCAAAGGAGGUGAUCUGUCUCUCUCCAUGGCUUCCUUCCUGAAGAACAUCACAGCCGUUGCUACCAUUAAUGGUCCUGUGGCCAAUACAGCUAUUCCUCUCAGCUACAAGGAUAAAAUCAUCCCCCCUUUGCCCACUGAUCAACAGCGUAACAAGGUUUAUGAUGACAACGUUCUUGAUUUUUCUGAUGCCCCUUUUGACCCAUUUCGAGCCCCUGGCAACCAAAGCCUGAUCCCACUAGAGAAAGCUGAGGCACAUUUACUGUUCAUUGCUGGUCAAGAUGACCAUAUUAUCAACAGUGAGUAUUUUGUUACUGAAGCCUGCAAGCAUUUGCAGGCUCAAGGGAAGGAAAAUUAUCAGCUACUCAUUUACCCUGGAGUAGGGCACUGCCUUGACCCUCCCUUUUUCCCUUUGUAUUCGAUAGGAAGCCACCCUGUUUUUCAGAAGCGGGCAUUCUUGGGUGGGGAGCUCAUGGCUUAUUCUAAAGCACAGGUUCAUGCUUGGCCACAGAUCCAGGCUUUUUUCCACAAAUAUUUAAAUGACAAGUAAUGUGGAAGAAGCAAUGUACAAGUAACACGCAAUUUUGAACAACCAGAUCUGAUGAAUUCUUUUAUAUUUAUCAGGUCAAACCCCAUUCACAGCUGUACCACUACAGCUACAGUGUCUUCCAUGACUUUGCAGAUCCACUACUCAGAAAAGAGAUAAUUUUCAAUUUUCUGGUUUUCCCUCAACAUUUUUGCUCAAGUGUUAAGAAAAUGAAUGGAGAAUAGUUUCAUAUUAGCCCUUGAUAAAAUAGGUCAAACAAAAAAUACUCAUUGUUUUUCUCAUCUGUUUUCUACUUUAAUAUUUUACUGUACUUCGCAAAUACUGCGGUCUCCACAUGCAUAUGCUAUCCACAGCUCAUACUUAAAGCAAGACCUCUCAAAUACUAAUUUUGGCACGUGGAAUUCACCACAGUUAUGGUGAAUGUCUCACCACAAUUGGAAAUAUCUCUGAUCUCUGAGCUGCUGUAAGUGUGCAAUAAUGGAUGUUAUAAUAAGGAUGCUGGGGUGUCUCUGGUUAACUCUCUAGAAGAGUUGUUUGUCUUCUGUUUCCAUCUUCCCUUCAGAAGAAAGGGCUCUGGCUCAUGGAUACUUCUGGCUCCAAGAUGUCAUUGAAAAAGCCAAAUUUAAAAUCACUGUGAUCUUCUCCCACAAAAUGGGGGACUAUUAGAGCAAAAAUUUAAAUAAAGAGAGAAUGAGAUUUGAAAGCCAUGGAGUCAUUUGCUGUGCUUUGUUUAGAAGCAGGGAUCUUUGCAUCUGAGCCACCAGGCUGGAGCUUGCAGGAA